UGGCCAGAACUUCCAGAGAUCAAAGAUCCAGCAAGGCAUCUGACAAAGUGGGAAUUGGGUUUACAAAGAUUCUUCUUCGCAUUCACCAUCUUGGCCAUUAACAUCACUGUCUCAUUGGUAGCCAUCUUCACCCAUCCAGGACUCUUUGUACUCGUCUUCAUGAUCUUUGUCAAAGCCAAAGAUGUCUUGUCCGUCUUUAUGAUCAUGGGCAGCAAGAUCUAUCUUUCUAUCAAGAACUGCAUUCGUCCUAAGCCUGAAGUAAGCCGCAAGUGGAUCCUUUCGCUCAUCCCGACCUACUCUGAGAGCGAAGAGCAAAUCAUCAAAGCAAUCAAGGCCCUCCGACACAACGACGUAGAUCCACACAUGCAAGUAAUGUGUGUCAUUCUGGAUGGCAAACAUCGCGAUAUCCUGUCACACAUGACACGUGUGGUGAAGACUUGGACCAGACCAUAUGUAACCACCAAGUCGAAGAAGAUAACCCUGCAGUUGGUCGCUGGCUUCAUCGACGAUGUGCCCAUCUUUGUGGCCGAGAAGCUUCAGAAUUCCGGCAAAAAGGACAGCUUGGUGUUGUGCCAUGAUCUAUUCAACAGCCCUCGAGAGAACAUGCCUGUAUACACACAAAACCUCCGCGAGGAAAUCUGGGCAGAGAUUCUUCCACAACUGACUGCAGGAUUAAACUUUACUGGUUUUGACAUGGUCUUUUGUACCGAUGCCGAUUCUACCGUUUGCCAGGGUGCUGUGGCCAAGCUCGCAAAUGCUCUUUCUAACGAACCCGAUGCGAUUGCCGCAUGUGGUCUGGUUCUAGUUGAACUUGAGCCUGGUUACGAAUGGUCAAUUUGGAAUCUUUACCAACAGUACCAGUAUACCUACGGGCAGUUUGUGCGGCGAAUGGCCGAAGGCGCAAUAGGCAAGGUCACUUGCCUGCCAGGUUGUAUCACCAUGAUUGCCGUACGACCCGAAAUGGCCGGUGCUAUAACCAAGUAUGCCGCACCAGUCACCGGCCUCCCUGUGAUCCACCACCAGGUACAAUACCUCGGCACAGAUCGUCGCUUGACAUAUUCGAUGCUCUCUCAGAGCAAGAAGAUGCGCACCAUCUUUGUUCCAGAUGCCGUGAGCGAGACAGUAGCACCACAAUCCUUACUGCACUACCUAAGUCAACGACGACGUUGGGGCUCCAACGCUUACUUCAACAACUACUUCUAUUGUUUUGGCAACAAUAUGUGGAUCAUUACACGCAUCGCUGCUCUCAUGGAACUAGCACGCAUGACCAUGAUCUACUACCGAGUUGUCAACACAAUACUCUUCAUCAAGGGACUCGUAGAAAUUUUCCAUAUUUUCGACAUUCUACCUCUUCUUAUCAUCACUCAACUACCACUCCUUUGGUUCAUUUUCUCCACAAUCUUUCUAGAGCCGGAGCUCAGAAAACGAGGACACAAGUUGUUCCUCGGAUUCUUCCUUAACAAACUCUUCUCACCGUUCAUCUCAAUCACAGUUUUCACCAGGGUCAUGAAGAACCUGGGAAGUCAAGUUUGGGGCGUUUCGGGUGUUACAUCAAGUCAACCUGCAGUCUCAACA